UCGAAAAAUAUUCGAGUGACGUUGCGUUGCGUUGAUCGUUUCGUGUUCAUGUCGUUGUCGAUAUUUUCAUUUUAAAAAGAGUUGGAAUUCUCUUUUUCCUACAUAUUUUUGCUUCUUGUUACAUAUCUAACCCGCUUAUGUACAUUAAAGUCUGUGCAAAGAGUGCCUACUCUGAUAUAAAAUGGAUGCUGCUGACUCCCUGUUAAGUGACAGUGUGGCUGGCAAGCAGGGCCCGGACGAGGAGGAAUUAUUAUUAAAGCCUAACCCUAAACCCAAUGUGAAGUGUGACUUGGUUAAUGAAUGCAAAGUGUUCAUAAGGGCUGAAGACGGAGGGGGAGAUACACAUCUCAAUAUAACAGGGAACAUGGGCCCAGGGACUAGCGAGAAACCUAAGUUUGUGACUUCCACGCCAGAUCAGAAAAGAGAGAGCCCUUCAGAUAAUCAGAUUGCUGAUUCUAACCCAGAAUGUGAUAUUGAAGGAGUCCCUGACUUGCCCUUGGACGAUGGAAUGCCAAGCACUGUCACUGUGUUGGAUGCCCCUGACGGCGGAAAGGUUUACUUGGUGGGCACUGCCCAUUUCAGCUUGCAAUCUCAAGAAGACGUGUCCAGGGUAAUACAAGAGGUGAACCCGCAUAUUGUAAUGGUUGAGUUGUGUGAACAGAGAACCAACAUACUAUUGCUAGAUGAAGAAAUAAUUUUAAGAGAAGCUAAAAAUAUUAACAUUAAGAAGAUAAGGGCAACAAUGGCCCAGAACGGAGUGUUCAACGGCCUCAUGUACAUCCUGCUCCUAAACAUGUCCGCGCAUAUCACACGCGAGCUGGGCAUGGCGCCCGGCGGCGAGUUCCGACGUGCCAUGGCUGAGGCCAAGAAGAUACCCAACUGCAUGGUCCAGUUAGGCGACCGAGCAAUAGACAUCACUCUGCACAGAGCCAUUGCCUCCUUGACCUGGGGGCAGACCAUACGCUUCGUAUGGCACUUGCUCACAUCCAACCAGUCUAUAAGUGUGGAGGAGGUAGAGAAGUGUAAACAAAAGAAGAUGCUGGAAGACAUGCUAGAAGAGAUGGCAGAAGAAUUCCCAGCGUUGAAGCGUGUGUUCGUGUUAGAGCGCGACAUGUACCUCUGCCACUCUCUGCAGGUCGCGGCGCUGCAGCCCAGGCGAGAGCCGUGCCGCAUAGUGGGCGUGGUGGGCAUCGGGCACGUGGCCGGCAUCGUGCAGCACUGGGGCCAGGUGCGCUCGCAGGACAUCCCGCCUCUACUCAAGAUCCCGCCAGAGUCCCUGUCAACUCGCAUCAUCCGCGUGUCGGUGCGCGUGGCGUGCGUGGGCGCGCUGGUGUACGCGGGCUACCGGCUGUGGCCGCGCCGCUGGCUGCCGUGAUGCACCCAAAUACCUAAUUGGACCAUCGGAAACACACACAUAAUAAAUUUAGGAAGUCUAAAGUGUAAAUAUUAUUGGAUGAAAACUCGCUCAUCAAUUAUCUGAUUUAUUAUUUUAUUAAUGAAUAGGUUAGGUGCGAAUAUGAGUCUCUGAUUAGAAAGUUUAAUUGCUAAAAUUAUUGUAGUGUGUAUAAACAUAUUAUUGGGAUAUUAAUUUGCACUCGUUCUUUAUAAACCCGUUACAAAAUCUUUUGGGCUGUAGGCAGUUAGGUACCAAAUUUACAUUCAUUCAAAUCCUAAAUACUUCGUGGUACUAAUAAAUGUACGAGUAUGGCCUAAAAGUUGUAAGAAGAAAAAAUCCUUGGCAACAAUGAUAUUAUUUAUCCAAUUUUCGCGCGCUUGUAAAAUUGGCAGCCCUUCCAUAACUUUAAUUAUUGUAAGAAAUUAAGCCGCAUUAGUUGACAUUAGUAUCUCAUUGGUGGAUCACGGACGCGAGGGUGCAGCCCGCUCUUGCGGAUAUGUCAGCGGCCGAUCUUAAUAUCCGCCAGAUCAUAAAAUUCCUAGGCAUGUCGUGAAACGUGAAAAUCAUUGUCUCGUUCUCUGAGUCGCAGAGCUCCUAUUUCUGGACAGUUUGCCGCAUCUGAAGCAACCUAACGAACCUAUCUUGCCUAUCUAUUGGUUUACUACUGUACUACCGUCAGAUAUUACUAAGGAACUUUACGAUCGACGGAUUUCUCGAUCGGUCACCGUCAGAUAUAAUACUGACAAGUCAGGAAAGGGCUUUCUUUAGCUUUAGCAUAUUUCGUUUUUCGGCUCCUUUUGGCCAAAAUGUCAGCUUUGUUUGUUGAUAUCAAACGUAAAAUAUUGUAAAUAUUCGAUUCAUAAUUGGAAUUUGAUGUAAAAUAUCGAAAUGUGUCAUGUUUUGGUUUUGUAUAUGUUGUUGUAAAAAAAUCGAUAUUUUAAAUUAUUUAUAAAGAAAAUGCUUUUAGUUUAUUAUGUUUCGUUGUUUUAAGUCUUCUUUGUUGAAAAGGCAGUCCGUGUUAUUUUGUUUUAAAUCAUUAAUUAGAACCGACAUUUUAACGCAAUAAUAUUUUCAUUGACGACAUUCUUGAUCUGUAUUUGAUUUAUUUCUUUCUCAAACUGAUAGUUAUGCUAAUUGCUUAUCUAUUAUCUUUUAAUGGCACUCAACUUUUUUCAUUGUCAUUAUAUUAAUAUUUAACAUGUUAACAAUGAUAUAGGUACAUUUAUUUACUAAGAGAAAAACAUUUAUUACCUAUGCGAACGCAGUUAUAAAAACUUUAACCUAAAAGACGGGUCUGGAAAAAAAUAGUUGGCCUGCCUGACCGCAUUUCCACUCUAGCGAAGCACUAGCUAGCCCUCUGGUAUUUUGCAUUUAAUUAUCAUAGUUAUGAAAUUUACAUCUUUUCCUUACCUACAUUUGUUUAAUUGAUUAAUUCGAUGCAUUUGGACAUUUAAAUAUUUUUUAUUGUCAUAAGAUUUCGGGUUUGUUGCACGAAUCUGUCUGUAUCAUCGUUGUGCGUUAAAAUAUGUUUGAUGGAACUGUUUGAUAGUUCUACGAGUAUAUGUGCUGAUAGCUGCAGCCGCCAUACUUAAUGUUGAUCAUUAAUUUAUCGUUGAUUUGAUUGUGCAACCCACCCUUAAUAUAACUAACUAUAAUCGUUAGGCGAGUCAUUUAAAAUUCUUUCUGUUCUUUAAAUUAAUUUAAUAAGGACUGUGAUAAUGUAAGAAAUUAAUUAUAAAUCUCCAUCCAUUUAUGAAAUAAGGAUAUAAUAUUCGUGAUAUAAUAACACGUGUUCUUGUCAUUCGAUAAUCUUGUCACGCUUGUUACGGUUGCGUUCAAAAUAUAAACAAGGAUGACUAUCAGCUAUCAUAUGUUAAAAUCAGCAGUCUGUUUUAGUUCAUUUGCUUCAAUAAGCAAAAAACGAGUUUAAUUCAUUAGUAGUUACACAGCUAAUAGAAUAGUUGUGCGGUUCUAGAAUAAAAUUUAUUCAGGACGCUUAGACAACAAAAAAUUAACAAAAACAUGUCACAAAAACGGUUUAAAACGUCACUGAAAAGGUUUCCACAGCUUGGUGUCAAGCUGUUACCUUCACGCGGUAUUCACCUUGACGCUGGUCUUCAGUCGUUCCAUUCCAUUUUCGAAACCGUUCUCUGUUUUAUGUGGGGAACGUUCUCGCCUCGGGAACAUUGCUCAUAGUAAAUUGGAUGACGCUCUCGAGAACGGCACAACUCUAGCUAUUAACAUAGAUGUAAGUAAAUUGAGGUAGAUAUGGUACCAGGCGCACGAUCAUGAGCCAUUAAAUAUAGGUUCCGGAACCUAUAUUUAGUUAGUCGUAUGGGUGACGCCAACCUGUCAAGUUGUCAAAAUCGUUGGAUCAAAUUUUAGUUUUGUCAACUAUGAACGUCACACGUCUACAUAAAUAAAAGGUCAUUGGCUAUUAAUUAGGCUUCGAACCUGCGGAUGAGUUUCAUAGAAGUUCCUUGUAUACCGGUGUAAAUUACGGCAGACUCCUACGUCGCCAUUUAUUUUUUAAGUCCUUUUUCGAGUUUCAUAACAUAGGUCGCGAAGUAUAAAACAAAGCGUAUAACUGUUUAUAUUUUUUUAGCGCAAUCGCAACAAUAGCUUUGAAUUUUGACUUAGACUUACCAUAUAAAUAUUAUACGUUAAUUCAUUAUCAAAUUACGGCAUUAUAAUGGUUCCACUAGACUUAUAUCGACUGGGAUAUGAACCGUGAUUACCUUUUGUAUUGUUUUCGAGCUCCCGAUAUUUAAAAGCAGUUUUACGCAACUUGUUCACGGGUAUACGGGGGAAGAUAUAGCGGGUGGGUAUCAAAGUUAAUAUCGGGAGCUCGAAAAGUCGAAAACAAUACAAAAGUUAAUCACGGUUCGUAUCCCGGUCGAUAUAAGUCUGGUGAAACUAUUAACCGUGAAUCAUUCAAAACUGUUAUAAUAAUGGUUAUAUCAAUGUUCUUCUUCUCUGCACACGACACGUUGUCACUAUGUAUUAUAAAUAAUAUCAUCUAAUAUAGUCGGGGUCACUCAGGGUCAAAAUACGUUGGUGAUCACAAAUGUUUACACACAGUUAUAAAUAUUAGUUUAACUGUGGAUGACGAAAAUGGCUUAAAAUUAAAAAUGUAGGCCAAUUGAGUAUGAUAACCGCCUUAUAAACUAAAGUUAUUCACUAAUGGCGUUUAUAUUCAUAACGUGCAACUAGCUUCAAUCGUUGUCUUUAACAGUCAUUUUGACUUAUAUAUUUGUAAGAAAAAGAUAAGAUAAAGUCUAAUUGAGGCUUGUAAAGUUUUAUGAAUAAGGGCCACUUGCACCAUCCCACUGACCCGGGGAUAGCCGGUUAAACCGUUCACCAAGUGUCAAAUUGUACUGGUAACCAUGGUAACUUUAGGUUCGACCGGUUAACCCCGGGUUAGUGGGAUGGUGCAAGUGGCCCUAAGGGGUUAGGAGAAUCAGCUGAAUUGUCAAACUUACAAUUAGUCGAAGUUGACUGUAGUGUACGCCUUCAUCAUCUGAAGUUAAACCAAUAUAUGUAUUUUCUUAUAGUCGGUAGUUGCUCAUGGGUUCUAACGAUUUCAGAGCAGGUAAUAUGUAUUACUGAACUCUGAAGUAGUUGGACCUCACGAGCGGCUGAUUCAUUUAGACAUAUACAGGGCGUCCCACGGCGAUGCCACAUGGAGGGAAAGUACCUUAAAUAUCAUAGAUAGCAUAUUUUGCUGAAAGAAGACUUCAUUUUAUUUUUAAAACUUAGUAAAGUUGCAUUCAUACUUUUUUAAUUUUUUUUGAAAAAAAAAUGUAUGGAAAAAAAUUAUUGCGUCAUUGGAGGAAAAGUACCUUAAUUAUUGUAAAUGAACAUCUUACUGAAAGAUGACAUUAUUUCGAUUUAAAAAAACAAGUUGAAUUGCAUUUUAAAUAAUUUCAUGGUUAAACCGGGAAUCGAACCCGCUACACGAGAAAAAAAAAUACCUUGUAGCUUUGUCAUACCGAUCGAAAGGCUUCAAUGUGAGAAUUAUUUUUUUGACAAAUAACAUAGUGUUGGAAACAAAAGGAAGACCAUUAUUUUUUUCAUUUGAUGUGAAAUUUUGAUUAGAAUAAUGACAUUCCCGUAUGGGCAUACAACUAAUCUUUCAUAAAAAUAAUUCUCACAUUGAAGCCUUUCGAUCGGUAUGACAAAGCUACAAGGUAUUUUUUUUUCUCGUGUAGCGGGUUCGAUUCCCGGUUUAACCAUGAAAUUAUUUAAAAUGCAAUUCAACUUGUUUUUUUAAAUCGAAAUAAUGUCUUCUUUCAGUAAGAUGUUCAUUUACAAUAAUUAAGGUACUUUUCCUCCAAUGACGCGAUAAUUUUUUUCCAUACAUUUUUUUUUCAAAAAAAAUUUAAAAAAUAUGAAUGCAACUUUACUAAGUUUUAAAAAUAAAAUGAAGUCUUCUUUCAGCAAAAUAUGCUAUCUAUGAUAUUUAAGGUACUUUCCCUCCAUGUGGCAUCGCCGUGGGACGCCCUGUAUAGUUAUAAAGGUAUGAUGAAAUAGUGUGUGAAACGGUGAUCGCAGUGUACAAUCAGCGGCAGAUGUAUUUAAUCGGGCCAGAUGUUCAAAAUCAUAUUAACACGCUCUUUACUUUCUUAAAAAUAAAGUUCAGAUUAUUUUGAACACCUCGCCCGCUUAGACUUCUAAUCUGUACCUACAUUUGUAACCGAAUUAUGUGACUAUUCAUUUGCUUGUUUCAAUUUUCGAAUUUCGAACACACGAGCAUAUUUCAUAAACCAACGGUACAGCUUGGCAAAAAAGAGUAGAUAUGGAACUAAUUUUUUUUUGCUCUUACAACACUGUUUAAUAUGUCAGUUGUUAGUAUCUAUGUUGUCAACAGUGUUGGUUUAUUUUCGUAUUUAUUGUAUUGUUUAAAUUUAUCGUCAGUAAACUGUUGUUAUUGUGGCAAAUGAUGAACAGGACGAUCCGAAGUGGCACCCGCCAGGUUAUUUAUAACGUUUACAGGCGGUGUCUGGCAGAAUUUGAAGCCAAAACCUUGUUGUCGGAACUGGACAAUGUUUACCAAAGAACGGCUGAGAUAACAGGUUUGUAAUGAUUUUAGAAUACUAAGAAUGGUGAACUCUGGCGUAAUUUACAAAAUCCCCAUGUUUUUCAAGUUUUAAUAACUGUUUUCUUGAAAAUUCAAUCAAUCCCAAAGGUUAUGUUUUUAAGGUUAUGUGUAAUAUGUUAACAAACCAACCAACUUGGUACUUGCGAUUUGCGAUAUAUUUUUAUAAUGUAAAUGUUUCGUAAAUUAUAUUAAAUAUGUGACUAUUAUAACUGUAUUAACUAGAAAUUAUAAUUAACUCUUCUUUAUAUUUAUUCAAUCAGGUAAACUACUGUAAGGAGAAUUGUAUUAGAAGAUGACCUUAACAAUGCUGUGUUUGCAACGCCUGGAAAACGCCGGAAGGGGCGUCCAAAAAAGGAACUGGACAAUUUCGACCUGUGUGCCAUUAGGCAAAAGGUUCAAUUUUUUGAUGGGCUUUGAUGGUAGCCGGGGAACACCUGAGAAUACUACUUCAUGCUCUUCUGUUCAAUCUUGCUGCAUCACGAUAACGCCUCUUCACAUAAGUCCCUCAGAACAAAGGCGUUUAUUGAGAAAGCUGGGAUAGAAACCUUACCACUUCCACCCUACAGUCCUGACUUAGCUCCCUGCGAUUUCUUUUUGUAUCCGGUGGUGAAAGAAAAAAUAACGGAAGUUUUUUUCAAGUGCUGAAAAAGCCGUGGCUAUAUGAAGAAGCAAUUUCGGACCUAUCUGAUGAAGACUGGCAAAAGUGCUUCCAAAGUUGGUUCAGACGAAUGGAAAUUUGUAUAGAGAGUAAUGGAGAGUAUUUUGAAAAAAUGUAAAAUAAAUAAUACUAAUAUCUUCAAUAGCUUUUUUAUGUCAAAAUUUAUUGAGUGACCUACGUAAAUGAUCAUAUUAGAUUGAUAACUGUUAGAUAUAAUUUGUGGCUACUUAUUUUUAAAAUGUGUUUUUCAAUUAAAAGACGCAUCAAUAUUGUUUACCUUAUUUCUAAUGCUAACAAAAACGAACAUUACAAAAACUCAAAAUUUGUAUUUCCAGUACCUACCUGCUGAUGAGAGUGGAGUCCACUUUCUUGACUUACCUAUAUUAUCCAAAAUCGGUUCCGACGUUGUCAAAUAUGGGGUGUGUGCAAAUUUGGCAUUCGAAUAACCAAUAGUCAUAACUUUUGGGAAGAGUCGAUACAAACAAGAACAUUAAAUCUGUCCAUGGCCCAAGUAUCAAUAUCUCUAGGUCGUACUAUUUGUGUUGCCAUGUAAGCGACAGUGGCGCCCCUAUUAAUUUCUACUCUUUUUUGCCAGGCUGUACCUAUAAACUUUAAAGAAACGAGUUUUGAAAAAGCACUCUUCAAGUAUAACGUAUGCAGCAAUUUUGUCGUUGAAAGAGUGAGCAAAUAUAUUCUGCUUUACAUAUUGUUAUUAUUAAUGUAACGAGAAAUUAAAGAGACUUGAUUUAAA